CAUUACUUUAGCUCAUAAUUCCGAAAGUAAUGGCGACUUGGAGUCUUCAGCUGCUGAAGAAACAAAAUGUAAAUUAAACUGCGAUAUGCAAUUAUUUGAUAUUGAAAAUACACAAAAAACAAAAGCAUCAGCAACAAUAACAAUUAACUUGAACGAAUGCUCGGACGACAGCAAUAAUGCCGACUUAACACCCGAUAAUAAAGCGAGUCGAUCUGAGAAAUGUUUAUCCCCGGAGCCGCAGUCAAAUCAAAAUGAAAACUUUGGUCGAAUCGAAUCGAAUCUGAGCAGCAAACAGCGACGCUCGCGCACAAAUUUCACAUUGGAGCAGUUGAAUGAGCUGGAGCGUCUGUUCGAGGAGACGCACUAUCCGGAUGCCUUUAUGCGGGAGGAGCUGAGUCAGCGCUUGGGUCUGAGCGAGGCACGAGUGCAGGUUUGGUUCCAAAAUCGAAGAGCCAAAUGUCGAAAGCAUGAAAAUCAAAUGCACAAAGGCAUUCUGCUCAGCAGUCGCAGUCCGCCGGUGGCAACACCGCUGGAGCCUUGCCGCGUUGCGCCUUAUGUUAACUUGGCCAGCAUACGCAGCAGCAGCGCUGCCAUGAUGCCAGACAAGUUAGCACAACAGACGUCGCAGCCACAAGGCGGCAAGAGCAGCGUACGUGUGGCAUCGCCGUCGGCUGUGGCAUCCGCGGCAGUGGAACAUUUUUCGGGCAGCGUGGCAGCAGCCGCUGCCUUCUCGGCCUUUGAUCCAGCGAUACUUUCAGCAGCAGCACAUCAGUAUGCGGCGGCCAUGAGCAAUCGCAGCAGACCCGCCGGACUUUUCUCCUUGCCGCAGUAUCCGUUGCACUUGGCUGCAUUUGCUGCGGCGCAUAAGAACUCCAGCAUUGCGGACUUGCGUAUGAAAGCCAAGAAGCACUCCGAAUCGCUGGGCCUUGAAGCAGAUCUGGUUAUUUAGUACAUAAUUUGCCAAAUGAUUAUUAUA